UUAUGUUUAUCUCAUACUCAAGGCAAAGUUGAUAUCAAAACCGAGAUACACAGGCUUCCGGAUUCAGACGAUCAGUCGACAAACAGCUUCGGAAUGGCUGACCAGAAAGAAAUUUACCAGUUGAUGAAAAACAAUUCUAAAAUUCUAAACACUUACCAAAUUAAUUGCCCUUUCGAUGAUGUGAUUAUGGAUCAAUUUGAGAAUUUAUCGGCACACACUCUAAGAGGGAUCGACUUCCUUGACAAGUACAACCACUUCAUCAGGGAACGUUCUAUGAUAGAAGUAGAGUAUGCAGCUAAAUUAAGGGGUCUGGUCAAACGUUAUCAACCAAAGAAGAAAGAGGAAGAAGAUUACCAAUACAGCCCUUGUAAAGCUUUUAAGUCGGUUAUGAAUGAAGUCAACGACUUAGCAGGCCAACAUGAAGUCAUAGCGGAAAACCUUCAAUUGGAUGUCGUAAAAGAAAUAUCAAUACUUUGGAAAGAUUUGAAAGAUGAGAGGAAAAAGUUGCUGGCAGAAGGAAAUCGUAUGGUGGCCAAUUUAAAUCAGCAAAUAACUAGCCUAGAAAGGUCACGGAAAAACUAUGAGAAAGCUUCCAAAGAAGCCGAGAAGGCGACUGACAGCUUCAAACGUGCUGACGCUGAUUACAACCUGUCCAGGGCCGAGGUCGAAAAACAGAAAAUGAACAUGACGAUCAAAUCGCAACAGUUUGAAGAUGCGAAAAACGAGUACGCCAAUCAGCUGCAAAGGACCAAUGAACAACAGAAACAACACUACAAGUACCUAAUGCCCGAGAUAUUCAGGCAGCUUCAGGAACUUGAUGAAAAGAGGAUUAGGAAUAUUAGAAACUUUAUGAUUCAAAGUGUUGAAGUCGAAAGGAAAGUCUUUCCGAUAAUCAACCAGUGCUUAGAUGGUAUCAUCACUGCUGCCAAAACCAUCCAUGAAAAAGAGGACACCCUUUUGGUGAUAGAAAGGUACAAGUCCGGGUUUGAAACACCGGGUGAUUUCCCAUUCGACGAUUUGAGCAAACCCGAUGGAAACCAACAUACUCCGACGAUACACACUUCUUUGCCGAUUAAACCCGAGGCGACGACAAGAGGGACGUUGUCAGCGAGCAAGCUGAGAAAGAGGGUCGGCCUCUUUGGGAUAUUCUCCUCAAACAAGAACAAUCUUUCUGGAAAUGGCGAUAACAAGGAUGACUAUAGCGACUUGCCUCCAAACCAGAGGAGAAAGAAGCUGCAAUCCAAAAUCGACGAAAUACAGUCCAAGAUACACCAGGAAUCUGCUGCCAGGGACGGGUUGAUGAAGAUGAAAGGCGUGUAUGAACAGAAUUCGACAUUAGGCGAUCCGAUGACGAUCGAAGGUCAACUGAACGACAGCAGUCACAGGCUCGACAAGCUGAGACAAGACCUCCACAAGUACCAGUCGUACCUCGAGGACAACCAGAACGACACAUCCCUUCACAACGGUGUAUGCAGGCAACACAGCUGGUUGAUCCCUGUUGAAGAAGUCAAUAGAAAUAGUUGGUCACUACCAGUCGAAGAGGCUAGCAGUAGUAGAAAUAGUGGUGGAUCAGGUGGAGAUGAUGAUUCGUUAAGCAGAUCAGCAUCAGAUUCGAGUGUCUCAGCUAAUCACAAUCACAACCACAUCAACAAACAGUCCGCACCUGGGACACCCCUUCCAUCCCAUGUGUGCUCGGACAGUCCUGAAAGUGGCAUCGGCGCUUCCCAUUCAUCUCUGCCUGAAUCUGACGAUCCGCCUCCACCAUACUACGAGACCGAACUUCUGCCAUCAUUGGGAACUUGCAAAGCUCUUUAUUCAUUUGAUGCAACAAGUGAAGGAUCAAUGGCUAUGGUGGACGGUGAGGAACUUUUAAUUAUUGAAGUUGACCAAGGGGAUGGGUGGACGAGAGUGCGCCGUCCGGUAGAUUUAACAGAAGGUUUUGUCCCUACUUCUUAUCUUCAGUGUUUUCUCAAUAAUUAUUGAGAAAGAAAAUAUUAAAGGUGAGUCCAGCAAUUUAGCAGGUGGUGGUUGCUGCUGAAAUGUUAUUUUCUUGUAACGUCCCAUCACCAUGAUUUUUAAUUAGUAUCGGAUUACAGUUACACUUGACGUGUAGCACAUUCUAGCCCAAUCGUUAUUUAAUUAGCAAUUGUUUUACCAAUAAUUAAAAGGAAAUAUUGUUACACAAAUAAAUAUAUAUUUAGUCA